AUGACGAGCGUCGGCGCCGAUGAUGCGACGGCGGCGCAGACCACCAUGAUCGAUUCUGCCUCGGCCGUCGUCGAGUUUGAUGUCAACUACGAGCAGGCCAAGCACCUCGACGUCGGCAAGGCCGUCCACUCCGAUGCCAUCCCAGCCGGCGGGCACAUGUGGAGGAUAAGCUACUAUCCCUAUCAGGGCAAUGCGGAGCAGCUUUGCAUCACCCUCAAGCUUCUGAGCAAGGCCAGCAGCAAGUCCAGAUGCAUCUUCGAGGUGAUGAUGAUAGACAAGGACGGGAUACCAGCUCUGAUUGCCGCGAAAAGGACAUGGCGGCUUGAAGAUUGCUGUGUGACCUGCGUGUGGUUUCAGUCCGCGACAGGAACCUUAUCAACCGAUCUGGUUCGCAAAUACAUGACGGACGGGCAGAUCAAGUUUCUAUGCACCAUCAAGAUGUUACAUGAUGACAGCUCUGUUCAUUCUGGCCUCGUCAGACUUCCCGGAAUUCCUGCGCCGCCUUCAGACAUCGCCAAACAUCUCGGAACGCUCCUGGAUACGGCAGAUGGUUCUGACGUGUCGUUCACCGUUGGCGGCGAGACGUUCCACGCGCAUCGAGCUAUACUUGCCGCCCGCUCGCCGGUCUUCCGAGCGGAGUUGCUUGGUUCCAUGGCCGAGGCUACGAUGACAUCCAUCGCCCUACAUGAUAUCGCUCCUGCAACGUUCAAAGCUAUGCUAUGGUUCAUGUACAACGAUGCCUUGCCUGAAGACAUGGAGCUUGUUGGGGACUCUCCAGUGGAGAUGUUUGAAUAUUUGCUUGCUGCAGCUGACCGCUAUGCAUUGGACCGCCUGAAGAUUUUAUGCGCGCAGAAGUUGUGGGACAAUGUAUCGGUGGAUACAGUUGCCACUACAUUAGCCUGCGCUGAAAUGUACAGCUGCCCAGAGUUGAAGAACAAGUGCAUUGACUUCUUUGCUGAGGAGAAAAACUUCAAGAAAGCCGUGUUAACCGAGGGUUUUGCGAGGUUAGUGCACCAGUUCCCAUCCAUUAUCGCUGAGCUGAGAGACAGCGUUGGGACAUGA